AUGCGCCUGAUCAACGUGCAGACUCUGGAGUUGGAGGAAUUCGACGCAAAUCCACCUCGCUACGCGAUUCUCUCCCAUCGCUGGGUUGGCCGGGAAGUCAGCUACGAGCAUUAUCCCGAUCCGCAAACACGGACUGGCGCGAGUUUCGAGAAAAUAUCCAAAUUCUGCGAGAUCGUGCGUACGGGGUUCAAGAUCUCUGGCCGAGUGCAAGAACCCGUAGCAUGGGCGUGGGUCGACACCUGCUGUAUCGACAAACGCAGCAGUGCUGAACUGUCUGAGGCGAUCAACUCCAUGUGGUAUUGGUACUCGAACGCCGAGUUCUGCGUGGCCUAUCUCUUCGAUGUCGCAGAUUCUGAGACCAGCAUUUCCACCUCCGAAUGGUUUCAACGCGGCUGGACUUUGCAAGAGCUGCUGGCACCCCGGAAUGUCAUUUUCUUUGAUCAGGCCUGGGAGAUCAUCUCGGACAAGUGGGGUUGCUACGAGAUUAUUUGUGAGACCACGGGUAUACCGCCAGAGAGGUUGCUGUCUGGCAACGCAAGACGAGCGAGCGUGGCACAGAAGAUGAGCUGGGCUAGUGGUCGAGUCACUACUCGCAGAGAAGAUCAGGCCUACUGUCUGUUCGGCCUCUUCGAUGUGAACCUUCCCUUACUUUAUGGAGAGCAUGACCGAGCCUUCACGCGUCUCCAGAAAGCGAUCGUCCUUCAAUCCGACGAUGAGUCCAUCUUUGCAUGCGGAUACACGCACGUUACUUGGAAUGGAAGAACAUCUCGUACGAGAUGA